GGUUUCAAUUGUUUAUCAACAGAGAGGGUAAACACAUUAAAAUCACUUGAAGUAAUGAUAUAAAACAAUGAAUCCUGUAUUCACGCAUGAGGGAGAUUUUGUGCGAUUCUGGAAGGACGUCCCAGAUGUUUCUAGCGUCUCCUUCCAGGACAGCGUCGAUGAAAUCUACCAACACUCUUACGUCUGCAAGUCCUUCAGAUGUGAAUUCGAAGUGGAAAGCACCUUUACAAAAAAAGGUUUAAAAUCUGUGAAAGACGGUGAUGUCAAACUGGACGAAAAACAAAAACUGGCUAUUGACAUGAAAGUGCCAGGUUUCACAUUGAAAUCGUAUAUUCCACAACAAUCCUGCUUCAAAACUUCAGACAUGGUUGAACUCUUCAACAUAACUCUACUCAUGAGCCAGGGGAAAGAAUUGACUCAUGAACAGCAGAAAAUGCUCGCUGAGCACUCACAAGCACUUCAAAACGAGCAAGCUUCAUAUCAGAAUUUUGCUAUGAACCAGUGGAUGCACUUUGCAAUGAACAAGCAUUCCCAGAUAACACCAGAAGUCAUGAAAUAUGUAAAUAAAUUUUGGAAACUUAAAUUAGAAAGGGUGCGUGAAUACCCAAAGUAUUUCUCUAAUGUGAUGUCAAUUCCUCUCAAGGAUAACGAUCUAAAUGCUAACUAUAGAGGAACAUUUACAUACAUCAAUACUGUCGCCCACAUCGGCAAGAGGACUGCUAAGUAUUCUUUUCCACAUUUGAGAAUGUUCCUUGUCAAGGCCCAGGAUGUUUUUGAAAAAAUGAACAAUGAUUUGGAUGCUUUGGCCUCAGAUAAUACCAGUACAAAACAUGGCUGGCCACAAUACAAGACGGUCUAUAAAAAUUUAUUGUAUGCCCAAUAUCAUCCAGAAGUUUCUAAAGAUAAAAAGGCAGAGUCAAUUGCUUAUAACUCCGAUGUGCAAAUUGUAAUGUCAGCUAGUGCAUUUUGUGCACUCAUUAACCAUUCUGGCCAUGAAUCCUCUUGGGAUAUCUUUGUGUUAGUAAAAGAAGUUGAAAGAGAAACGGGUGUAAAGAAAAUAGUAUUUCUUGACAAGAAACUUCCACCAAAGGCCAUGACUAUUGUGGACAGACAGAAAUUCUUUAUGAAAAAGGCCAUAAAAAGGUUACUGGUCAAACCUGCCACAGAAAUGCGUGCGCAAUUUCCCAAAAUGUACGACUGUACUGAAUUGGAGACAUUUGGAAUUGACAGCGGCUCGAAUAAUUCUAUUAAUCCACAGCCAAGUGAAAAUACCUGUCUUUCAACUGCGGUAGAAGACGACUUCGAAACAGACCAGUCUGUUCAUUCAGAUGACCUGUGUAUUGAGACCGACAAAGAAGAUAACGAGUGUGGAAAGGAUACAGAAAGUUAUAAUAGUGACAAUAUGGUUGAUGGAAAUCAAAAUAAAAAACGGAAAGAAAUAAAUGAAAAAUCUUCGGUAUCAUCCCAUAAUGGAAAAAAUGAAAAUCGAACUACAAAUUUCAUAAUUAACUACAAUUUGUGGGAAAUGAAAGCUUGCCAUGAAGAAAACGUUUUGUCCAAGAAGACGAGGCUCAAGGACUUGAAGUUGCUAGUCAGAGUAUCACACGAAGGAAGAGGUACUUUUGCCUACUCUAAAAUGGGCCGUUUUAAACUGUCUGCUAAACUUGAAUACCAGCCUGAGUAUGGUGCUGAGUCAGUUACCUUAGAAGAAUCACUCAAAGACUGGUCCAGUAUACUUUUAAGGCCAAACACUAUGCUUGGAAGAGUUAGAAUGGAUCCGAUAACAGGUGAAAUGAUACAAGUAGAAAAGAAAAACCUAUUAGAUCUGACAACUGAGUGUCGGCGGUUACACAAUUUUAAUCCUUAUGACCGGCUGAGAGCAGCCCAUACAAUUCUCGACAAGCUGACCGAACUCAAGCCUGGUUCUUACAUCAUCAACCAUGAAUAUGAAAGCGAGUCUUUUGUAACAAUAUUCAAAGAAACUGACAGGAACCACACACUCAACUUAUCUUUAAAGUAUUGCACAAUUAAUGUCGAGGACGUUGCCAGUCCACAUUUCCCUUGGAGGCCUCUUGAUACUAUGGUUAUAACGCCAACUUUUCACUAUUUCAGGAGAGUCCCGUGCUGCUUUGUGACAUCUAGAUUUAAAAAUCCUGCUCAAAAAAAGGCACUGAAGAUAAAUGCAAAGGACAAGACAGUGACUUCAAAGAAAACAAAAAAAAGCAAAAAAACGGGCAAAAAAAAUGUUGCCUUAAAUUUCUCUGAUACGAGUAUGGAUGUUGUAUAAACUGUGAUAACUGAAUGUUCCUAUUUGGGUUAAAUUAUGAUUUAUCCAUUGUAUUUUUACUAACUGAUUAAACUUAUGUAAUUAAACCAA